AUGUUCAAGUAUAUCAUAUACGUCCUCCUCGUAACCGUCAUAACCAGCGCUCACGAUGCACCAGGAAAGAAACCCAAAAGAGGCAGACGGCCAACUAAAGAAGAGAAUUCCACCCCGCAACCCAGUGUGAUCUCGUAUUCGACGUUCGGCUUCAACGACGUUGGUUCAUACGAUGGAUUUGUACCGACAUCGCCGGACUAUGUGAGUUAUUUGAGCAACGGCAAUCGUGAAUCUUCCACCAGACUAUACGCGCCGGCUUUUCCGUCCGCUCCGGACACGACGGGUUUCAACGGAGAUUUUGGACAGUUAGAUGGAUUCGGUAAUGGCGAUCAUGGUGAAUCCCAAAAUUAUCCGCAAAACACGAUUAACUUUUUCAGUACUCCCACUUUUGAUAACAGUGAUGCCCAGAAUAAAUAUUUAACAUCGAAAGAAGCUGUCAAAGAUGGAGAAGGAAUGAGUGGACCUAUAUAUGGCACCAAAAUAAAUUCAAAAGGUAAAAAGAAUGUAAACUUAAACGACACCGAGUUUCAUGUGUACAGUAGCGGACCUGUUUUUAAUUCUAAUGAAUUGGUUGGACGUUUUAAACAACAAGAAGUGCAAGAUAAUCACGACAGUAAAUUGAAUAACGGCGAGUCUGUUAAUAACGACCAAAAUGUAUCUAGUUAUGUCCCAAAUUAUCCCUCGCCAGAAAUAAAUAUAGACAAACAGAGAUUUGUAAAAGCUCAAACAAACCAAAAUGCACUUAAUUUUCCAAGAGUAGUCGAUUUCACUAAAGUAAAACAAUAUUACCCAAGCGAAUUGGACAAUAAAUAUCAAGUUUCCACUUAUAGUUCUAUAUUGUCUAAUCAAAAUGAAAAUUCAUUUCCAAAUAUAAACGAAAAUCAAAUGAAUCAAUUUAUGACACCAACACAAGCAAUGAAGGAAUCACCGUACAAUACAAAACUUGUUGAUCAAGAAAAUGAAAAUAUGAAGCAAAACGUUAACUCAAAUAUUGAUUAUUCAUCAAAUUUUAUUAAACCAACAAUGCCAUCUAAGACCAGUUAUAAAAAUUCACUCUUUAAUUCUGACUUUAAGGAUAACUAUAAAAAUAAAUGGUUUUCCGAAAAUGUUGAUAGUGAUUCUCAAAAUUUCAGAAAUCCUUUUAAGGGAUAUGAAUACUCUACUGACUACAGUAACACUAGUUUUAAGUAUGAAUAUAUUCCGGAAAGAAAACCUUAUAGUACGGAUGAACUUGUCCCAGCAAGCAGUAAUAUUGAUUUGACUAGUUAUAAUAUACCCGACAUCGAUUAUUCAAAAUUUAAAAAAAUACCCGAAGUCAAGAUUCCAUUUGAUGAUGAUGAUUUCGAAGUUCAACAUCCAAGUGGAGACAAAUUUAAAUCUGAAGAAUUUCUAAAUCAAUUUAAAAACCUUUACACUACUACUCCACCUUCAAAAUGGAGUAAUAUUUUUAAGUCUACCGAGUUUCCUUUCAAACAUCGUAACAAGAGACCUCAAUAUGACGACAGUAUAAAUAAUGAAAUGGUUUAUAUACCAAAGCGACCCUAUAAUAAUUAUAGACAUAACUAUGGAAAUAAUUUCGAUAGUAGUAAAUUAAAUGAGUACUCUAAAUUAAGACCUCAUAAAUCAAAUAAAUUUGAAAAACCAAAGGACACUCGAUUUACAUCUGAAGAAGACUUACUGGAUCUUAGAAAUCAUGACACUUCACAUCCUUCGCACCUUCCAUCUCAACGGCCCAAUGGCAAUGAUUUACUAGACGAUAGUGAUUAUAAGAAACUAGUUGAAAAAUGGAGACAAUCAUACUGGAAAUCAAAAUACAGAGACGCUCACCGGGACUAUGAGAGUUUUGCAUCCGAAGAGAGGCCACUUCACGUCCCAAUCCCUAAACCAUACCCGGUAAGUGUAGAUUAGUGUAUUUUGUAAUGUAAAUAUGUGUAUAAUCUGUAGUAUAUGUGAUUGUUAACACUGCGAUCACCUUUUGUAAUUAUCUAGCAAAAAAUGGAUGUGGAGGAAUGCGGAUCGGAAAAGCAGACAACGCACGUCGCGCACUAAUUUCUUCGCUUAUUCUUAGCCAAUAAAAUGAUGCGCGUCCGUGCAUCUAGGAGAAAUCUUGAAACUAAACACUACCUCUGGACUUUAAUGUUGGACGCAGAUCUAGUUAAGAAUUCUUAGUUACAUUGUUUUAUAGGUUUUGACCAUAGUAUUUAAGGAUAAUAUUUUACUGAAUGUUACGUGAAUUGAGUAAGCAUUACCUUAUAGAAAGUGUAAUUGUGGGGUUGUCUAACCGAUAGGUAGUAUAACGAGUGGUUGGGUGCUGAUAAUGAGCCCAUCGACCCUAUGACUAUAGUCACGGUACAUUAGUUACAAGAAUAUCAUUCUCUGUAGCUAGUGAAAGCAAGGUGAACUCUAUGGGGUUCUAGUACAUUAACACUCAGGUUCGAAAUCAAGAAAUAUAGAGGUAAACCUGAAUAAUGUAUUAAUGAAAAAAUGUCUAAAACGUAUAUGAAUGUAAGUAUAAAAAUACAAAAUACAGCAGUUCAUUUUUUCCGUUCUAAAUUUCGUAAUUUCUACAUAGAAUAAAAACAACAAUUUUACCGCGAGCUUUUUAGCGAAUACACACUUUUAAACGAUCGUCACAACAUAUUAUUAUAAAUAUUACACUAAAUUUAUACUGUGUAGUCAUUCUUUACAUAAAUUAUUUUAUUAUUCACUUAUAACGAGGAUUAUGUUGAAAGUAAUUGUUGUAGUUGAAAUAUCCAAACAAACUGACAUACAAAAGUGAAUUUUUGACGUAGGUCUAAUAAUAACUUAAAAUAUCGAAAACGGAAAAUCAAAAAUAACAUUUAAGAUCGGAGACAUAAAAAUUAUAAACGUUCAUCUUGUUCUUAGAUUACUAAGAAAAAGAUGAACGG